AUGUUCAGACCUGGUUCAAAUACGGACAGACGCGAUUCGGAGAUAGCCUUGUUACUAAUGAAUAAUCAGUUUUACCGGAGAAGAGAAAUAUACGACGACCUAGUAGAGCUGCUCAGAGUUCCAAUAGACACAGUGGUUAUUCGAGCCCUGGCCGAGUGUUGGAAUCCAGCUUACCGGUGUUUCACUUUCGGAAAAGUAGAUAUGACCCCUACCUUUGAGGAGUAUACGACUUUACUGAAUAUCCCAAAUAUCAGAAGACAUUCCAUUUACACCAAGGCGAUCCGACCUAAGGGAUUUAUUACCAAGAUGAUCACGCUGACCGGGAAGACCAAGGAAUGGGUCGAAGAGAAUGAGGAUCACUUCGACAUCGCUUUAAUUGAUUUUGUCGAAGCUAUUGCCAGAAACAAUCCCGCACCAACCAUCAUUGCGGAAAUAUUCUUGUCACUGAACCAGUGUAGACAAUUAGGGGGAGUGGACUUCCUUAGCAAGUGUCAAAUACCAGAGCAUCGCAAGAGGAAGGAAUGGGUUGAAGCUCUCCGUAACAUAAAAGAUACCGAGAUAGUAUGGAAGGCUUACUGGUUACCCAAAAAAGACAUACUUUUCAGAUGCGGCAACGAUAGUUUUGUAAUGCUACACGGGUUAUGGGGAGCGAUCGGGUAUACUCCGCUAAUUACACUCAGACAGUUCAGUACCCGACAGUUCGUACCCGCUACCCACGGCCUGAAGGAGGCGGAGUUUUCUUUCUCCACUCCAGGUUACCGAGAGCAGAUUUCAAAGAUUUAUACGGCUUGGCAAAAACCUCACUGCAUGAGCUUCAAGAUGAUAGAGCUUGUAUUCACGUCAGCCUAUGAGGUUUGGAGGUUGCAAAUGAUUAAUAACAAUACACCGAAGCCAAAAUUAGAAGAUUAG